AUGCAGAGUGCACUAAAACUUCGUACUGCAGCUCGGAGCGUCGUAUAUGCACGUUCGCCCGCAUUCCAGCUUCAGUCUGCCCGCGCAUUCUCUUUGACGCGCUCGCUCCAAAACAAGGAGUUGGAGAAACGCCUCGAGGAGCAACGCAAGAUUGACGAACAGAAAGAAAAAGACAAGAAAAAGGUUUAUGGACAACACUAUCAAGACAAGGAGGAAUUGGAGGUACCGGAAAUCGCAGCGACGGACGAUUCCAUCGCACAUGGAUGGCGUGAGUCUCGCGACCUAGGACAUGCGACGAUUGGACCUGGCCAUGGACGCCAUCAAGCGCGUACUCUUGCAAGCUUCAGUAUGGAGGGCAAGGUUUGCGUUGUUACUGGUGCAGCACGAGGGUUGGGCAACCUAUUCGCCCGCACUUUUGUCGAGUCGGGUUGCACCAAGAUUGUCUUGAUGGAUUUGAAGCAAGAGGAAGCCCAGAAAGCGGCUGAUGAUCUUGUCGAGUGGUUUGGUAAGCUCGAUCCCAACCAUAUUUUCCCUCGUGUUUACUUACGCGUUACAGCUAUUGGCAUCGGAUGCGAUGUCUCCAAUGAAGACUCGGUCAAGGAAGGGUUUGGGCAAGUAGUCAGCCGCUUCGGCAAAGUUGACGCAGUAGUCGCUAGCGCUGGCAUUGUCGAGAACUAUUCUGCAUUCGAUUACCCCACUAACCGCAUCCGACUCUUGUAUGAUAUCAAUGUGCACGGCGCUUUCUUCUGUGCACGCGAGGCAGCGAAGCACAUGAUUGAACAAAACACGAAGGGAAGCAUUGUUCUCGUCAGCAGCAUGAGUGCCAAUCCUCAAACUCCUUACAACUCAUCUAAAGCCGCGGUUAAGCACAUGGCAGCAAGUUUGGCGGUCGAAUGGGCGAAGAGUGGAAUUCGCGUAAACGCGUUGAGCCCAGGUUACAUGCUCACCUCCCUUACGCGAACCAUUCUGGAUAAGAACGAAGAACUCAAGAACACGUGGGUCAAUCUGACACCAAUGGGUCGUAUGGGCGAGCCUGAGGACUUGAAGGGGGCGGUCAUCUACCUUGCGAGCGAGGCAUCGGCAUUCACGAGCGGGACAGAGUUGCGCGUAGAUGGAGCAUACACAUGCAUUUAA